AUGGCUAAGAAGCUUGAUAAAUUGUGUUCGAAUAUAGUAUUUGGUGUUGCAUUAGUAGAUUUUCAUCAUACAAGAGGGCCAGAAGUGGAACAUUGGUAUAGCGAUGAAUUAAAGGAUUGUACAUGGGCCAAUCUACCGUUUCAGGCACUACCAGAUGGUUCGCAUUCAUUUGAGGAAACUUUUACCUACUUUACACUACUAUAUGACGAAGAGAAUAAUUUAGGUUUAAAUGGGAUAGAUGAAGUUGAUGAUAUAAACUUUAAUUCAUGUACAACACUCUUUGCAAUUUCAUGCUCAAGACAAAUAAAGACCGAUGACCUUCUAAACAAGGGAGAUGAUGUAACGCGAUCCACGGUGCAGAAGUCUUUGGCUGUUAUUUCCAGGAUUCCUAUAUUCGGGCAGAUUAAGGAUAAGUUGAGCAUUGUGACGAAUGCAUUGUUUAUGCAGCGGGAUUUUACCGACACAUCUAUUAUUUACACAUUGUAUCAAAACUUAAAAAGCAUGUUUUGUUCCUCUAUGAGCAUUGAUGAGUGCAAUUUAUUUGUUGGAUUGAGUUUACGAAAAGUGAUUCAUGAAUUCAAAAGGGAUAUUCUUGUGAUUUUAAAAGCGGUUCUUCUAGAAAAGAAGAUAAUAUUUUAUGGAAGCAAUGUAGAAGAGUUGUGUGGUUUGCAAUUCGGAUUUAUUAGUUUAAUCCCAAGUUUGAUAUCAAACCUUGGGGACUGUGGUUCUCCAUCUUUGAACAAAUACGAAACUGGCUUAAAAACUUGCGAUUCAUUUAAGUCCAGUGAUAGGAAAUCAGUCCUACGAUUCUUAGGAUUCCCAUUGCAGAUAUUUGGUAAAGGAGGGUUGUUCUCACCAUAUACCCCAUUACAACAAUUGAGCGAUUUGACUUCAUCAAAGACACAAUGGUAUGUUAUUGGCACUUCAAACAGUUUGCUUUUGGAACAAAAACAUAAUUUGGCUGAUUUAUUAGUUAACGUUGACAGUAGGACUGUGGAGUUAGUUUCAGAAGAUAAAGUAUUAAAUGAAGCUUUGCAGCUCUCUCACCAGGAUAGAAAGUGGAUGGACUUGCUUAUCCAAAAUAUUAAUAAUACUUGGAACGAAUAUGACUUAACUACACCUUCUACUUUCCAAUUUGAAGGUAGUGAAGAUUUUAUUCGAUGGCAGUUUGAAGAAUAUUUGACCGGCUUGAUGUCUUCGGUUAAGUUAGACGGAUUUCUAACGAGGAAUUCUGGAAAUGAAAUGAAUACGCGGUUACUUCCCACUUCUUAUAUUCAAGAAGAUCCUACUCAGCCGUUCAAUCCCACCUGGAUACAACUAUGGAGGCAAACACAGAAUUAUAAAAUGUUUUACAUAUUUACUGAUGAUCGGUUAUUUGAUCUUUUUGAGCCAAAGCAUGUAUACAACGGAGUUGAUCCCGCUGUUGCAUGGCAACGAAGAUUUAUUAAAUCGCUCAGGAUACUAAAUCGUGAGAGUAAAUCGACCACUCCUGAAGUAAUGCCCAACGAAGUUAAAAAUUCGGAGACAAGACUACCUGAAACGAACUCAUCUUUAGAUGAGAGAAAGGAUAACGAAAACAUAAGGCAUAAUGGCUCUGGUUGGUACUCAUGGAAAGACUACUUCAACUCAAGAUCAAAAAAACGGGACGAUGAAGAAUUCAUAUCAUCACCGAAAAAUAUUUCCGUAGCUGUUGCAUCUGAUAUAGGCAUUGGUAGCGCCUUAGCUGGUCUGGGGUUAAAAUCCCCUGAAAGAACCGCCUCUCCUUCGAUUAAUGCUAUGCCAGAAAUACUAUCUUUGCCGAAGGACAUGGUGGAGAAUCCAUGGAAAUGA